AUGACGUAUGAGGAGCUCAUAGUCAGAUUCGUCAGAAAGGGUUCUUACCCUCUUGACGUGCCCGCGUCAAGUAACCUGGAAAGCUCCAGAUUCCGUGCCUUCAUGACGUGCCCGCGUCACGUUCGCGGGAAAGUCCUGCCGGCCCAAGCUCCUCCACAUUCACGCGUCUCUCACCGCAGCCUCCCCUACUCGCGCUCGUCCUUGACUCCUGAAUUGAUAUUGCUGGCCUCUUCUGUUGCUACAUUUUUCCUGUUUUCUGGUUUGAUUGAAGUCUCUGUAUGUCAUAUUUUGUAUGGAAGCAGUUGGAUUUUUGUGUUUUUGCUGCUUUUGGAAGGUAUGAGUUUCAAAAAUUCUGAAGAUUUGAGAAGACAAAAGUAUGACAGACUAAGUGCUUUACCAGAUGCUGUCUUAUGCCACAUCCUUUCAUUUCUCCCAAUGAAAUAUGUCGUUGCAACCUCCAUUUUAUCUACCAGAUGGAAAUACCUCUACAUGUCUGUUCCUGUGAUAAAACUUGAUGACACUGUACAUUCUCAAGAAGAAGAAUCGCAGGACAACAUCAGAAGCGACAGUUUUAGAAGAUUUGCAGAUAGGGUGCUUAUGCUGCGAAAUGCUGACAUAAUUCAAUUUCAUCUCAAAUGCACAACGACUUUCGAAAGUUCAGUAAUCAAUGCAUGGUUAUGUGCUGUGCUUUUGCAUAAGGUUCAGGUGCUUAAUCUUUUCAUGAAAUAUGACAAUCCUAGAUGUUUAACAAGUGAACUUUUCACUUGUAAAACACUUCAGUGGUUAAACCUGGAUAGCUCCAUUAUCAUCAAGCCGAAGGUAGUUCAUUUACCAAAUCUGAAGAUCUUACGUCUUUUCGGAGUAGAAUUAAUGGAUGAUGGUUCUAUACCACAGAUCCUCGCUGGUUGUCCUAAGCUUGAGCAUCUGCACAUGUGUGGUUGCCAAUUGCAUGGAAUUCAAGUUCUUGAUAUUUCAACUCCUUCCCUGAAGAGCUUAGAAUUUUUCAAUUGUUACGGUGCAUUCCGAGUUGUCAUUGAUACCCCAAAUCUUGAGGACCUGUGCUAUGUUGAUUUUUUAAAUGGAGAUCCAUUGGUGAAAAAUCUGAAGUCAUUGGUCAAAGCUUAUUUGUUUCCUUACUCUGUAACUCUACAAAACACAGAUGAUGCAUGCUUAUGUGGGGGUCAUGUGUCUAAGUUCCUGAAUGCAAUGGCUAACACCAAGUCUCUUACUCUUCUAACUGUUUGCUUGGAGGGUCUCCUUCAUUCCGGCUGUUCAAUCCCCAAAUUCCAAAAUUUGACCUAUAUGAAGCUAGUACCACGCCAUAACUGUCAUUGGGAAUUGCUACCAAUCCUACUUCACAGUACACCCAAUCUAAAAACUUUGGCUCUUGAUAUGGAAUUUCCAGACAACAAUAUUGGCCAAUGGCCCAAGUUUCCUGUAACGCAGAAUCAGCCCAUCUGCUUGGCUCAGUACCUCAGGGCAGUGGAUAUUUUGAUUUAG